AUGUCCGCUCUUGUUCCAAUCAAACCGGCUACCACUUUGUUCAAUGAUCAAUCUCAUACAGACCCAUCUUCUACCAAUACACCUGCCACUUCAAUCUUCAAUUAUACUGAUUCACUCAGUCUUUUUGAAAUUGGUCUCUUGAUCUACCCACCCUACGUUCUUACUGUCUGCCUUGACGUUCUUCUCGAUCCUACAUACAAAGGCCCUUGUUCUCAGAAUCCGUGGAUUCUUUUCCGUAGAGAUUUCGAAAGCAGACUACGCUCACAAUUCCCUGAUAAAUUAUUUACCAUUCACGAGGUCUCGAAGAUUGCCGGUAAUCAAUGGAAGGUUCAACCUGACUUGGUCAAAGCGUACUUUGGCGUCCUUUCUAAAUUGGCCCAAGAGCGACAUAAGCGCGCGUUUCCCGGUUAUGUUUACAAACCAAGAAGAAUUAUACAGAGAAAAAGGAAUGGGGAAUACUUAUUCAGAAAUACUGAUAAAUAUACGUUGAUGGAUGCUACCAAGCGAAUGAGAGUAGCAGUUGUAUUUUUAAGCAAUUUAUUAAUCGUGAAUUGUUAUCCGUUAUGGUAG